CAGGCUGUUCGAGGAGGCCGAGUGGGAGUGGCACGGAGCGGCUGGGAGUCCUGAGAACCUAGUUUCGGCAAGGACCCGGGUCUGGAAACUAAUAUUUUAAAAAUGACCACACCAAACAAGACACCUCCUGGUGCUGACCCUAAGCAGUUGGAAAGGACUGGAACAGUACGGGAAAUUGGGUCACAAGCUGUUUGGUCACUCUCAUCUUGCAAACCAGGAUUUGGAGUGGAUCAGUUACGAGACGACAAUCUAGAAACUUACUGGCAAUCAGAUGGUUCCCAGCCUCAUUUAGUGAACAUCCAGUUCAGAAGAAAAACAACAGUGAAGACAUUAUGUAUUUAUGCAGACUACAAAUCUGAUGAAAGCUAUACUCCAAGCAAGAUCUCAGUCAGAGUAGGAAAUAAUUUUCACAACCUUCAAGAAAUUCGGACCUACGGAAAAUCUCAAAGAAUUGUGCAGUGAACCCCAAUAUACUCAUCUCCUGAUUUCUUCAGUUGUUAAUAUUUUGCUGUAUUUGCUUUAUUACAAUAUGUCCAUCUAAUUUUUUUGUGCGUUUAAAAAUAAUUUGUGUGUAUUUGCCCAUUUCACCCCAAUUACCGGUGUGAUAUAUUGGUAGAUUUAUCAACAUUUGCUUAAUUUUCUUUUUUUAAGAUAAAAUUUAUGCACAAUUUUGCAUAAUCUUAAGUAUAUUGUUUGGUGAGUUUUGACAAACACAUACAUUUAUGUAAUCCCAAACUCCUGUUAAAAUAUAGAACAUUUCCACCAUUCCAGAUAAUUCCCUCAUAUCUGUUCCCAGUCAGUCUUCAUCUCUAUCUUACCCUCAUAAAGAACUAUUAUACUGAUUUUAUAGAUUGAUUGAUUUUUUUAUCAUAGAUCCAUGUUGCCUGUUUUACAAUGUCAUAUGAACAGAGUCAUACAGGAUAUAACUUUUAUGUAAGGCUUCUUUCACUCAGCCUAGGGUUUUUGAGAUUCGUCCAUGUAGUUGCAAGUGUCACUGCUUCAUUCUUUUUUACUUCUGAGUUGUAUUUCACUGUUUGAGUAUACCACAAUAUAUUUAUCCUACGUGAAGUUAUUAGGACAGUGCUUUAGUCCUGAAGUAUUUCAGAAGUAUUUUCAAUAACUUUGAACUACGUAAUUGUCAAGCUCUGGCUGUUGACAUUUUUGGGUCAGAAAAUCAUUAAGCCUAAAUAAUCAUUAAAAUCUGGUGGUUCUGAGAGAUUUGGGAAGCACUUGUGAUCUUUGAAAGGUCUCCAGUUAAGUUAAUUUGUGGUCUUAGUUCUUAUUUGACUUAAUGUUUAUAUUAAGACUGUGUCUCUAAAUUUAUAUUUCUUAUCGGAGUUAGUAAUAAAAUACUUAAUACAAAUGACAUGUACUGCAUAUGUAUUGACAGAUAAGAACAGGUGAGGAUAUUGUCCAAGAUAUUUUUGUUGUUGUUUUGUCCUUUGAGAUAUUCAUUGUUUUUUAAAAAAAAUUAUUAAAUAAAAAUUGUAU